UGAUUUAAAAGGAGGGAGAUAUGGAGAGCCUUUUGGGGUUCCACUUGGCAGAAAUCUGACAUUGGCCAAGGACAAGGAAAUGGGCUUCAGGCAGGAAUCUGACAUUGGCCAUGACAAGAAAGUAAGCUUCAGCAGGAAUCUGACAUCAGGGCAUGAUAAGGAAGAGAGCUGUGGAGCCCAGGCGGCACCCAGUGAGACAGUGAAGCCACCACUGACCCGGAGAACCGAUGCCACAUGGACGGCCAACACUGCCUGUAGCCACUGCUAUACCACGUGGACUCCAUCCGCUGGCACCUGCCGCCAUCCAUCACAUGAAUUAUCACUGCUGCUGCAGGCCAUCGCUGCUGCCGCCACGACUGCUGUGAGACUCACAGACUUCUACCACGAUUACCAGCCACUGUCCACAGAAGAGCAGCUGUCCACAGAGGAACCUGAUGCUAAUGUCUACCAAGUGGAUCCUGGUGGUGAAAAUCAGCCACACCCCCAAACUGAUGAUGCCACAAGACAGCAGGAAGCAGCUUAAGAGACAGGAUGCCCUCACUCUCUUUUCACCAUCGGCUUUCCCCUCCCCCUUCCCCCCUUCUCUUUAUAACAAGAAGGGAGGUAUGUUGGUAUCAGGACCUCCAAAAGCCGUGGCAUCACAUAGGUGGGACCUGCAGGCCUGUUGCCAAGGUAACAGCUAUCAUAUUCCCAGAAUCCACUUGACUUANCUCCCACCUUUACCUGUGUUAUGUCACCACCCAUAUAUAAAAAAGCCCUCCCAUCUCCCUCUUUCUCUUCCCCCCUUCUCUUUUUGCCACCAUGUUGCUCCUCUCUCUCCUAAUAAACCUCUUACAGGU